AUGUCCGGCACCUGGUCCCACUUGACAUGCCCACCCCAACCACCUUUCCCCGUCCGCAUCUCUGACGAUGUGUUCUUACCGGUCCCCUCUCCCACUUCACUCCGAGCAUCAUCUUCAGAACCUCUACUUAAUUUCGAGCUGAAGGGUUUGAAGGUGUUGGCGAACGCAGAAGGUGAGAAGGAAGUAGUCAAAGUAUCUGAAAUCAAGAUGAAAAGACGUAACACUCUUUUGAUGACCCCCGGCGAAGUUCACAGACUAGGUACACUAUCUGUAUCCAUCUUUCCUCAGUUACAGCCAAAGUCAAAACAAUCAGUUAGAAAGACCAUCGCACCCAAAACGCCUCAACCAAUCCAUCGAAACGCAUCGGACAUAUCCACACCAUCUACUUCAUCCGAUUUCAACGAUGAAGAUGAAGAGGGAUCAGAAUAUGAUACGUGUUCCUCAACGUUUUCUACUCCCUUCUCUUCCUUGCGAGGGAUCAGUGCGAAAUACAAGAAUAACGAUCAGUUCGAAUCUCCCUGUCCUUCUCAACCAUCUUCCAAAAUCCUCAAUCCAUCUUCCAUACUCAUCCACGAUGACGAGAGGGGUACUUUCGGACAAAGAAUAAAGUCCUCUGCGACACAGAUCGACGGUUUGCCAUCUUCGAAAAAUACGAAAUUCAACUUUUGGAGAUCACCCAAACAUAACGCUGCUAUCGUCGGAUCAUCACCUUUCGAAGAGAGUCAGCCUAAGAGACGGAGGAUAAGUCAGAUCGAAUGGGAAGGUAUGCCAUGUCCUGAGGAAUUGGUUUCGCCAAAGAUGAAACAGAGAGUUAACGAAUUGGGCAAAGGGUUCAGUUGGGCUAGUUUGCAUUGA